AAUUUCUGCAUCAUAUCAUAUCUUUUGUUUCCUUAGCUACUCCGAUAUGAAUUUCUCCUCAAUGAAGGUUUCAUUUCUUGUGUUUGGUAGUGUUUGUUUUGUUUUAACAUCGGCAGCGGCGCAAAAACAAACGCAGAACGCGACGUUGCCUACGUUUCCGGCCUUGAUAGCUUUCGGAGACUCAAUCUUGGACACUGGCAACAACAACCUGCUGUCCACAAUUGUGAAGUGCAAUUUUCCUCCUUAUGGGAAAGAUUUUAUCGGUCACGAGGCUACUGGGAGGUUCAGCAAUGGAAGAGUCCCCUCGGACCUUAUAGCUUCAAAGUUACGCAUAAAGGAGUUAUUACCUGCCUACCUCAGCCCAAAAUUAAGCAAUGAAGACCUUCUGACUGGCGUCUGCUUCGCUUCUGGUUCAUCUGGGUAUGACCGUCUCACAUCUGCAGUAAUGGCAGUGAUAACAAUUCAAGACCAAUUGGAGAUGUUCAAGGACUAUAUAAAGAAGCUACAAGCAAUUACAGACACCAAAAGAGCUGCGAAGAUCAUCGGUGAAAGUUUAUACGUAGUUUGUUCUGGGAGCAAUGAUGUUGCGAACACCUAUUUUACCUCUCUCCUGAGAAAGGCAGAGUAUGAUGUGCCUUCAUACACCAGUUUCUUAGUUAAUUCGGUUUCUGAUUUUCUUGAGAAGCUGUACAGCUUGGGUGCACGCAAAAUUGCUGUUGUCGGACUUCCUCCUCUGGGUUGUCUUCCAUCACAGAGAACUCUUGCUGGAGGAAUGCAAAGAGACUGCGUCUCCUUGUAUAAUCAAGCUUCACAGCAGUAUAAUCUCAAACUCACUAAAAGACUAGGAAUUCUCCAGAACAAAUUUGCAGACGCAACCAUCGUUUAUGCAGAUAUAUAUCAUAGUUUGCUUCGUCUCAUUCAAUACCCAUCAGAAUAUGGGUUUGAGGAGUCGAAGAAAGGUUGUUGUGGGACUGGAGAGUUUGAACUAGGACCAUUGUGUAAUAGAAAGUCGGUUAUGUGCUCUGAUGAUUCUAAAUAUGUGUUUUGGGAUAGUUUUCACCCAACGGAGAAGGCGUACAAGAUUCUUGUAGACGAACUUGUUCAGGAAAUCUCGCCACACUUUUUAUGAAGAUAAUGUGUAUGUAUAUCUCAAUAUACACAAUGGUUUUAAUCGAGUAACAUAACUGCGUCUUCUCUAAAUGAUAGCGAGAUGGACAAAUUGAGGGUUGUUGAA